CUUUAACACUACAGUGGACAGCUCGGUCAGUGUUAGGUGCACUUCAGUUUUUAUCGUCGCGCUGUAAAGAAAACAUUUCAUCUGUCUUAGCGCGUUUCAUGUUUUAUUCAUUAGUUUAAUAAAAACACAAGAGGUCCGGACUGCAACAAGGCACAGAUGGCUCAGUAUCGCAGACUCUCAGACGGCAGUGCUGACAGCAGUAUCUCAGAUCCCAGCAUAAACGUUUCUCCUGGUGUGAUCAAGGUGCUAAAAGAACACGGAUACACCAUGAAGGAAGAACUUGGACGAGGAGCUUCAGGAAUAGCGUUUCUGGUGAAAGACACAGACGGAGAUCCUUAUGUGAUCAAACAGAUGAACUCCAGAGAUGGGGAUGAGCUGGAUACUGUCAGAAAGGAAGUCGAGAUCCUGAAAACUCUGAACUUUGGAUAUAUUGUCACUUAUGUGAAUUCAUUUGAAGAUAAAGAAGCGGGACGCAUAUAUAUUGUGAUGGAGUAUUGUGAAGGAGGUGACCUUUCAAAAAUCAUGGAAACACAGAAAGAAGAACGUUUUUUUGAAGAAAAACAGAUCCUCGACUGGCUGGUUCAGAUUUGUCUGGCUCUGAAGUAUCUCCAUGAGAAGAAAAUUAUUCAUAGAGAUAUUAAGCCUCAGAACGUCUUUCUGACUGAAGAUGGUUACGUCAAUCUAGGAGAUUUUGGAUGCUCAACAGCAUUGGAAAGAGCUGAUGAAUAUGCUAGUUCAGUUGUGGGUGCAAAGCUCUACGUCAGCCCAGAAGUUUAUCAGAGGAAAUAUAACUCCAAGAGUGACAUAUGGUCAUUGGGAUGGUUGCUCCAUGAUCUCUGCAUGCUUGAUGUGUGGGCCGAUAACAUGCAGCGCCACAUACUUCAUGCUGUCAGUAUGACAGGAAACCCCCCUCCCAUCUCAGAGAGAUACUCAGAGGAACUUCGGGAAUUAAUCAGUCAAAUGCUCAGUCGUGACCCUAAAGACAGACCUUCAGCUGAAGAGAUUCUAGCUAAACCGUUCCUGACAGAUGCAGUAGACAGAAACAGCAGAACUCCAGAGGCACUGCUACAGAGUUUUGUGAAGUCUAUCACCGCCUUUGAUGAGGCCUACAACAAGCACUAUAAAGACAUUGAGGUUUUAGUUAGUGAGUGGGGAAGAAUAACAGAUUCGAUGGAGUCUGCACAUUACAGCGCCACAGCGGGGAGUCUGUCAGGUUCGGUGAUCGGAGCAGCUGGAGGAAUCACUGCAUUAGCUGGUUUAAUUUUGUCACCGUUCACUCUUGGGGCGUCUCUGAUUGUUACUGGUGUUGGUGUUGGAGUAGGAGUUGCAGGUGGAGUAACAGGUGCUGCAUCCACCAUUACUAACACUGUACAACAAAAAUCAUUCAGAGAGAGCCUUGAACAAAUUCAGCAGAAGUAUGAAUCUGCAAGCGAACCAAUUCUCACACCACUGAAUACACUGAGAAAGGUUCUGAGAAAAAUCACAAAGUUCAGUGUUUUUUUCGGCACCUCAGCUUUUGACAAAGUGCAAAUAUCAUGCAAUGUAGGCAGAAGAAAUGUUUUGUGUGCAACACAACUCAUGAAUUUGGGUCUGUUGGCAAAUGUUAGCAGAAUUGCUACUCAGACUGCAAGAGUAGGGCGAGUUGUAGCAGAAGCAGUCUCAGGAGUGUUAAGUGGACUGUUAGUCAUACUUGAUGUCGCCUUCAUAGUGAUAAAUUCUGUAGACAUUCACCAGAUGAGACAGGGAAAAGUAGAUGAUCCAGAAAAGGUCCAAUCCAGUGUGCUUAAAUCCAUUGCAGAGAUGAGGAGAACACAUAAUGAGCUUUGCAAUGUCCAGAAGGAAAUACAAACAACAAGAGAGGAACUAAAAGACUAUAUAGAAUUGGCCAGGGGUGACAGAGAAAUAGACAAUGAUUUAAAUAGUUUAAACAUAUAGAUAUGUUGACCAUCAGGGUCACCUUGAUUUUGCCAAGUAGGACAUGUUCCUGGAUCAACAUCUUUGUUGAUCCUGGAACAAUAUUCCAAACAACCAAUCAGAUUUGAGGGACAAGUCUACCGUUUAUGUCAAGUUUAGGCUUGCAACCAGGGUUAGGUGCUUCUACAUCAAUGUUAUUCACUUAUUAAUUAUUCUUAUUCACUUAUUAUUAUCUUUCCCCUCUGAUUUUAGGGAUAAGUUAUGGGUAUAGGUUUAGGGGUAGGAAUAGGGUUAAGACUACAUUUUCAGACUGGAAUGUUGUUCCAGGAUCAACAAAAUAUGUUGAUGAACAUGUCUUACUUGACAAAAUCACUAUGACCUUCCAGUCAAAGAAUCAGACAACAUUAUACAUGAGAGUGAAGGGAAUUUUUUUUUUUUUUUUUUUUUUUUUUUGUAGAAAUCAAUCUAAAUAUUUAAUAUGUUGCUCCGGAACAACCAUAAUUAAUGUUUAUAAAGUUCCUUUUAUGUACUGAUUGUUUUUGUAAAAUUAUGCAACAAAGUUAAUUUUUACAUUUUAAUUUUACAUUUUAAUUUUAAAGUUUAGUUAAUUUCAUCUAUACAGCAGCUCUGGAGAAAGGUGAUGUCACUGUCCAGCUCAGUUCAAUUCUCAUUCAAUAGUGUCAAUGCAGGCGGAUCAGUAAUAUUGUUGAAUAUCAAGUGAAACCAAACUUCAUCAGGUGACAGAAUGGACAAAAAAGAAAAGAAAACAACACUAUAAAUCAGACACUGUAUAUCCAUUAUACUCAAGUGUUUUCUAUUAAAUAGAGGUGUAGGUUUGAUUAUGGAUUAUAGCAUUUAUGGAUUAAUAUUGACUUACAUGUACUUAUUGGGGUGUGUUUUAAAAUUGUUUUUAGUGAUAUGUGGGUAAAUGAAUUAAAGUCAAAUCUGUAUCUAAACAAUUCAAAGACAAAAACAAUACAAUUCUUCUGAUAUAUGUGAGAAUAUUCUUAUAAGAAAGUGUACUUAAGUUUAAAGAAAAAUAAUUUCAAGUGCGAAUGGGCACAGUAUAUAAUAGUAUAUACAGUAUAUAUUAAACAAUAAGAACAUUUAAAGUAUAUUAACAAAUAUUGGACAGCACUCUUAAGUUCAAACUGAAUCCUUUAUUUUACAUGUGCUUUAGAAUGUCAAUACAUCAAAAUAAAUGUACUUCUUUAAAGCACUACUAAAUUAUUUAAAAUGCACAUUUAAGUUAAACUUACAUAUCAUUACAAAGUGCAUUUUUAAAAAGGGCACUUAAAGAAAAUACACUUUCAUUAGUUUCUUAAGUAUACUUAAGUGAUCUUUAAUUUUAGUAAUAUUAUAUUAUCUGCAAGUAAACUUUAAAAAAAAAUUUAAAAGUAAUUUUUUAAAAAACAUGUUAUCCACAUGUUUGGACAUAUAUAUGUCUCCAGCAAACAAUGGAAUAAAGUCAAUCUGGUUAGCAAUAAGUGAAGCUGUAAUGCUGUUUGUGGAGUUGUUCAGUCCUCCUCUGCUGAGAUCUUGAGAGAUUUAAUGUCUUUUAUCUUCAGAUGAUUUCAUCUAAGCCUGUGGCUGAAGAAAGUUAUAGUUUCUGUGUUUCUUUGUUUUCUAUUCUUGUUUCUCUUUCCUUCAGUGAUUCUGCUUGUUUGCAGCAGGUGUUCAUCACUAAUGCUCAAUCAUCACUUAAUUAAUCACUUUCAUUAACUGCAACUCUGCUUCAGGUGGUGUUAUUUAACAGUCUGUAGUGAGGACACAAACACAGACCAGUAAUUUUAACACUGAGGGUUUUGCUGGGUGGCUCUUUAAUGGUCUUGGAGGGUCUGUUCUUGACCACACCUCUGGUCUUGACUGGUCAUGGUCUUGGAUGUCCGUGUCUGCAGAUUCAGCAUUGCUUGUUGGUUGAGUCUCACAAGGUGGUUUGCGAAGUUUAAAUCAAAUCAAAAAUAUUAUACAAGCCAUAAUUAGUUUGUAGUGAGCUCCGAUUUACUUACGCCUGUCAUUUUAUGAAAUAAAGCUUCAAUAAAUUGUGGAGCUGAAA